GGCUUACCGAGUGAGCGGGAGGAGCGUGAGGAGCGUCUGCAGCGCAGGCCGUUGCAAUUGGAAGCGAGCGUGCCUUCGUCCCCCUUCGUUCCUUCUUUCGCUCUCGCUCGCUUGGACGCAACUCUUCGCCGUUCGCGUGGUAGGGGUACGCGGAUCCGUUUCGCGUGUGAUUAGUAUGCGGACCUUGGUGCGGACUGCUGCUGUCAGUGGAGAAUCGAGGUUUUAGGGUGAUACUGAGAGUUUCGUUUCUCGUGGAGUCGUGCGUACCUGCAGUUUUCGGGUGUUGAGGAAAGGCCAAGAUGGGUCGUAAAGCAGGUAUUAUGCGGGUGAAUCCCAAGGCAUUUGCCAAGAGAACUCGCCCUUGCUUAUCCGAAAUGCUGAACUUUUUGGCGUGCUUGAAGAAGGCUAACUUCAACGAUGACGGCUGUAUGCAAGAGAAAAAGGCCUUGCAAACCUGCAUGGAUCUCCAGGCCAAGAGCGGCAAAUCGCACAACACAAUCAACUAUCAUUUGCAGAGAAUCUCUAGGAUGAUGAAAGGGCAAUGAAUCUUGUCUCAACAGGGAAAGUCACUGUUAUGGUGAUGAAUUUUAGGUUCUUCGGUUCCUCAAACCCUUCAAACUCAAAUUGAGUCACGGGUAUUUUUGCCAAGUGAGUAGGGAAUCGAACAUAUUACCGAAAGUGGGUAUUCCAAGCACGUCGAAUGUCAGGGCUUCAAGCUGUUAUUAUUGCGACAGCUGGAUCCGUUAAAAUUGAUCACAUUGGUAUGAAGGAAGUGGUUUCAGUGAGCAGAACGUUGUAAUGACAAGCUUGUCCUUUUACCAGUGGAGUUUUGAUUUUCCUCUCCUGUGAUACCCGAAUACGUGCAAGUGUACAGCAUUGAAUAUGGAUUCCG